AGUUUAAUCAAGCUAGUUUUUAGUGUACAAGCAAGAUCAUUGAACACUUUUGCUAGCUAAAUGGAGAGAACUAUACCCAGGAAGACUGUUAUAACACAACAAAAAAAAGAAUGUAAAUCAGACACCAAACCCAAAAAACAGCCUACAGCUAAGGACAAACAUGAUGUUUCUCCUACAAAAGCACAUGUAUCAAAAAACACCCAUAGAAAGGAAAUCAAUCCGGAUUCCCUUAAACAGGCUAAAUUAUUGGUUGAAAAAGCAAUUCAGGAUAAUAAAAUAUUUACUAUCCAAGGUUAUUAUCCUUACAUACGGAGUGGCCUGAGAAGCAGAGGAUGGGUGGAGAAAAACUUUCAUAAGAGCCAACAUGAUUAUUUUGAUGAUCCAGAAGGUAUCUGUAAUCUUACAUCAAGGCUUUUACGUAAUCAAGAUCCCAAUUUUGUCUGGGUACCAACAUUUAACUCCUUGGACAUCCGCUUGUUAAAAAAUGAUCAAAUUAUAAUGAAUCAUUAUUCCAAAUCUGUGUUCACAACUAAGGUGGGCCUGUGCCUCAAUUUAAGAAACCUACAUUGGUUUGCAGAUGCUGAUCUAAAUUCCUUUUUCCCACGUUGCUACAGACUGGGAGUCAAAGAGGAAAAACAAGCAUUUAUUGAGGAUUUCCGGCUCACUGCUGCCUGUAGCAUUCUAAAACUUGUUUCACGUGAAGGAAAAAAUAUGCCUAACAGAAGAGACGUGAAAAAAGAAAUCACUGCUGCAUUUCUAUUAAAAUAUUACAAGAAAGCCAAACCCCUUAUAACAAGUGUCCCAGUUCAAGUUAUCAAAACAGCUCUCAAGGCUUGCAAGCAAUACUUGAACACUUUGGAGCAUAAAGAUAUUGACUGGAAACUGGGUUCUACUAAUACUAUUACAGAAGAUGAAUGGAAAGAAUUCCUGCACGGAUAUUAUCAGGCAAUCCAUAAAAAUAUAAUCAUAAAUGAGGCUGAAAAUUAUGUAAGCCAGUGCCAAGAUAUUUUACAAAAACUGAAGGCAGUGAAACCACAGCUGGAGAUUGACGGGGAAAGAAAUAUAUGGAUUGUAAAACCAGGAGCUAGCAGCAGAGGAAGGGGCAUAACCUGUAUUGAUUACCUAGAGGAAGCCCUUAAGUUUGUGGACUGUGAUCCACUGUUAAUAAAGGAUGACAAGUUGGUGGUGCAAAAAUAUAUUGAGAGGCCACUACUAAUUUAUGGCACCAAAUUUGAUGUACGCCAAUGGUUUAUGGUAACCAACUGGAAUCCACUAACUAUCUGGUACUACAAGGAGUGUUACCUGCGUUUUUCAUCGCAACCGUUCUCCUUGAAGAACCUACACUCUUCUAUACACCUGUGCAAUAAUGCCGUUCAAAAGAACUAUAAAAUCUCCCGGAGCCGACAUCCACGGCUCCCAAAAGAAAACAUGUGGUUCAAGAAUCAAUUUCAAGAUUACCUCCAGAUGACUGGAGCAACCAAUGCAUGGAAAGAAAUAAUUGAACCAGGCAUGAAAGCAGCAAUUAUUCACACCAUGCAAUGUUCCCAGGACAUGGAGGAGGGAAGGAAAAAUAGUUUUCAGAUCUAUGGUGCAGACUUCAUGUUUGGAGAGAACUUCCAACCCUGGUUGAUUGAGAUCAAUGCUAAUCCUGAUAUGUCACUGUCUACAUCAGUGACCAGCAGGCUCGUCGUUAGAGUCCAAGAGGACAUACUACGCCUUAUCCUAGACCGGAAACAGGAUGCUGACGCAUAUGUGGGAGCAUUUGAGCUAAUUUAUAAACAACCUGUAAUAAAAAUCCCUCUAUGUGAGAAAAAGCAGCUGUUAGUUAAAGGGAAUGAAAUAAAAAAACCACUCCAGACCUCACAAUUAAUGACAGAUGAAAAGAAUCAAAUGUUCAAAGGAAGUAUUGCUAAGGGUGAAAGGAGCCCUUGCUUAUUACACAGAACAAAAACCACAGCAACCUGGAAAGAAAUAAAAGGAGGAAGAGAAAAGUCACCUUCUAAGAAGGUUGAGCAUAUCAUACUUCCUACUAUUAAACAGGGACUGCAGAAGAGAAAAGAAGGCGUUAACCAGUAUCAGCUACCAAAAUUGUGUGCACAUGAAAAGACCAUUAGAAGGAAGGACCCAGCAAGGACUAAAAAUGAAGCCUUUGACCAUCAGAAAUUGCCCACUGUAGAUUCUGGCCAAUUACAAGUAAUUGGUCAUUUAGCUAAGAUACAAAAACCAGGAUUAUUAACCAGGUCAUUGUAUAAAGGAACACACUCUUUAGCAUCUCCACAUCAAAUGUGUACCAGUGGCAAAAAGUAA